CUCUGGGCUUGGCCGCUCAAACGCUCAUACCCGUGAAAAAUAUGCCGUCUCCGACGAUGACGACGUCUUUUCAGCAUAAACUUGAUACUCUACCAGUAGAGCUCCUUUAUGAAAUCCACUUCUACGCGCUUUCCGAGACCCUACCUCACACAUGCAAGCGUCUGUAUAACGUCUUCAAGUUCGCGCCCCCCAGCGUCCAAGUCGAAUACAUCUUGGGGCGUUCUUUGCUCAACCAAAACGCAGGCAGAAAAAUAAAUAUCAUGACUCGCAUACUGCGCUAUCCGCUGUGUCAGAGAGACGUUGUAGAGGCCCUACUGCGUCGACCAGACUGUCCUUCCGUCGAUGACAUGCACCCCGAACUCCCUCGUCGAAUAUUUCGAGCACUUGCUCACGACCCGCCGUCGAGUCGAGGAUGGAAAGGCCGCCACGAGCCCUUGCCGUUCCUCCAAUAUCUCUUCUCUCAUCCACGGAUAGCUUCCCCAGAUCCCGAUUCACAUGAAGGGUAUCCGUUGACCCGAGCGGUUUACGCUGGGUUCAUCCCUCUCAUCCAAUUCCUUUUGGACCACGGAGCCUCUCCACGAUGGAAGAACGGGCUCGCGGUCUUGUUGGCCAUCCAAAGGAAGGACUUGUCGCUGGUAAAGAUGUUGGUGGAACGUGACAGCGGUCGCAAAUCUGGUACGAAGAAGAGGAAGCUGACGGAUAGGCUGAAAGUUCAUUCCGAUAUGUUGAAACUUGCGGUGAAGAGC